GUCCCACCAUCCUCAUCUGAAUCCGUACCGCUACACCCUCCCCGCUGACCACCACGCGCCGUCAUAUUACCCGGCGUCUCUCUCGCUUCUCCGGUUCGGGCCAUCUCCUCAGUCCGGUAGAAAUCCAAUCCUCACCCAGGGUUUAUCCCCCGCAGCCACGCUUUCGCAGGUUCCCCGCAGCCUGCUUCUCGAUUUCUAGCGGUUUCAGGGCACCCAUCCGAUGAGGAGGCUCAGGCGCAAGGGCGACGCCUCCGCCGCGCCGACGCCCAGGGCCGACGCCCCCGGGUCGGCCAAGCCCGACAAGCUCAAGAAGAGGGCGGCGAAGACAGAUCCGGAGAAGCUGAAGGCGGCCGCCGCUGAAUCCGCGGGCACGGCCGAGGCGUCUGCUUCGGCGCCAGCACCCGCGCCGCCGAAGCCGGUCGAGGCGAGUCCGGCGGCGGCCUCAGAGGCUGACAAAGGUGGGGUCCCUCCAAGCAAAAGGGAGGGCAGGAAAGCGAGCGGGAAGGAGCCGAUGAAGGGGAGAGAGGAGGAGAAGGGGAGGGGGGAAGACAGGAAGACGAGCAGGAAGGAGACGAAUAAUGGGAGGGAAGAGAAGAGGAGGAGGACGACGGGGAAGGAGGAAGAGGAAGAUGAUGAUGAGAGGGGGUUUAUAUUCAUGUGCAGCGCCAGGACGAAGCCGGAGUGCUACCGGAGCGGCGUGUUUGGCCUGCCCAGGGGGAAGAUGGAUGUGGUGGAGAAAAUCCGGCCAGGAGCGAAGCUGUUCUUGUAUGAUUUUGACCUCAAGCUAAUGUACGGGGUGUACAAGGCGGAUACAAGGGGAGGCUUGGAUCUUGUGCGACAUGCUUUCGAGGGGAAAUUCCCUGCACAGGUCAAAUUUAGCGUUGACAUAGAUUGUCUUCCUGUUCCUGAGUGUAGUUUUAGGCACGCCAUUAGAGAAAACUACAAUUCAAAAGGCAGGUUUACCCAGGAGCUCAGCCCUAAACAGGUUCAUAGGCUAUUGGCAAUAUUCAAGCCUAUUGGCCUUUCUCAACCAACUCCACAACAUAUCGAAGAAACACGCCAUCCACGUAUUGUUGAAGAUAGGCGAGAACUGUAUGACUACAAAGAAAGACAAGUACCACAACAUGUUGAAGAAAGGGGCACACCUGUUCAUGCCCGUGCAUAUCCUCUUGAGGAUCAUUAUAAGAUCACACAUUCAUCGCGCCCUCCACUUCUUGAUGAGUCUAGGCGUAUUAUGGUGCUAGAUCCUUAUCAUGGGCAAGAGGUUCCUCCUAAGUAUUAUCACCAAGUGGCUACUAGUUCUUUAAACCAUGAACCUCAUAUGGCAAUUCUUCAUGAAAGAACUGCAGCUGAGCCAACUGCUAGGGAGCCGAUUCUUGUAAGAGACUACGGAGGACUGCCAGGGGAGCUUGCUGCACGCUCUGAACAUGUGGAUGAGCUGUACCGUUCUUACAAACUUUCUACACGUGCCAUGGACCUCUAUCAAGGACCAUCCUACGCGACUUCUUCUUAUGAUAACCCGGCAAGUCUUUACGGCGAAAGCCCUCAGAGGCCUGGUGUUACAAGGGUUAGGGGGCCUAGUGUGCCUGUGUCCACCCGUUACUCUUUCGUUGGUCCACCCAACAUAUAGAUGAUCACCCAAACGCACUGCUCCAUUCAUUCUUACACCCCUUUGCAAGCCAGGAUAGAACUCGAUGGUAGUCGCUACUGCAGUUUAUCGAUGGCUUUUGAUUUCUUUUGCGAGAUAAAUGUAUGGAACGUAAGUUGCUGAACAAUAAUGAGAAGCUCCAACUACUGUGUCCUGUUGACGUGCAGUGGUCUC